GCGCUUGCGCGUCACACCGUACACGGUACCACCCCACUCGUGCCGGCCAAAAGAGAGAGUUGAUCCGCAAGACGGUCGACGGUCCUGGCGGCUCUCUAUAUUGUUGCCGUUCGGUUCAGUAUUCAUGUAAUAGCGACCAGGCUACGACGUUUGGCCAGCACGCGUUAAACCAGCCAACAAACACUCGGUGUGUACUUAAAACAUAACACAUCUAUUCGUUUUUCGAUUCGCACAGUUUCGAUUGAAGGACACACACACACAAAACCGUUGUACCGUCAAACGUCUUAAAAGUGCCAUCCGCGUUUGACUUAUGCGUCGACGACCGGUUUCCGGAAGAACAUGAUUGGAUUCGAAAACGCUAUCAUGGCUCAAACCGUGCCCAGAGCUGUGUCCAUGUCGGCUGCCUGGUGUGCGGAUCCACCGACGUACGACCAACAGCAGCAGCAGCAGCAGCAGCAGCAGCACCAGCAACAGCAACAGCAGCAAAAUAACAACAAUAUGCAACACUACGGUGCUUCCGCAGCGGCGACGGCAGCCGACCCUUCGGACCUCGACAAUUUCGACCUGUCCCUGCUGUUGCCUCAGCCCGCCGCGGCCGAACCCACGUCGUCGGCCGACGGCACAGUGCCGGCCGGGCUCCAACAGCAAGACGACGACCAUCAAAUCCUGAGCCAGCUGACCGGCGGAGGCAGCUACAACAACAACAACAACAACAACGGCCCCAACUGUUACGCCGGCGCCGACACCCUGGACACCCUGGACCUUACGCAGCUGUUGUCGCUGUACGACGACUACUGUACGGCCGAGGCUGCCGGCAACUUCCAAGACGUGCUGCUCAAGUCUUCUGCCACUGCCGCCGCCACCGCCGCCACCGCCUUGCCGGCGACGGCGAUCAAAGAGGAGGUCGACGAUUUCCAGCCGUCGCCCUCGGCUUCCCCGUCCGCGUUCAUCUCGUCCUCUUCGUCGCCCCGGCCGUCGGCCUGUGGCGUUUCCGAGGUCACCUACAACGUCAACUGCACGUGGUUCGUGAAAGACGAACCGUCGGAGCCGACUUCGGCCGACCUGACAACGACCGCCGAGGGGGCCGGCAAACGGCGGUCGUCUUCGGUUUUGCUCAGGUCCCUGUUGGAGAGCAGCGCCGUCGUCAAGGACGAACCCAACGAUUGUUGUGCCGCCACCACCACCACAGACGACGACGGGGUCGAGACCAAGCCGGACUUGGGGUCGGCCGACGGCCGAAAGGCGUCCAGUCACAGGCUGCUCGUCGAAAUGCUGCGAGGCCCGAAAGAAGAACGGUUGACCACCGAAGACGACCCGACCACGUCCGCCGUGGUGGUCGGAUCGACUUCUCCGGCCAACGCCGUAGCCGAACUGGCCGAACUGUUGUUGUACUCGGCCUGCUCUUCCACCGACCAAGGAGUGCCCACCGCCGACCGCCAGCAGUUUGACGACGACAAGACAACCGCCGCCGUUCACAAGUCCUCCGUCUUGCAAAGAGCCUCUCACAGGAAAUGGACGUCCUCUCCGGAACAACAGCAAUGGGCCGCCAAUAUGGUCGGACAGCAACACCAGUGGGACCACAGCAACAGCCCGUCGUUGGACAUGACGGUACCGUCGCUUUCGCCCCAGCAAAACGGCGCCCUCGGCGAAGUGGACCUUUGCGCGGGCCAAGCUCUGUUCGACGACACCGCCGCUCUGGUCGACGGAUUGUUGUUCGGAGACGGUGCCUGCAGGGACUUCAAAAGCGAACCCAGCAAUCCUGCUUCGCCCCAGGACGAACAUCGUGAAGAUGAAGUCCGGAUCAGAGCUCAAAUGGACAUGUGGAAAUCUCUUCUGCUCCAACAAGAACAGCAAGACGAUGACCACAGACAAAAGAGGAAUUCGUCAACGGACAUAUCCAACGGCCAACAGCCACCCAUGAAACGUCAACGCAUAGAUCACGAACAAGACACGAUAUUGUCGACCACGUCUUUGUCGCCACUCGGAUCGUUUUCUCCUGCUUCUUCGACGUCUUCGGGUGGCUUGCCGUUGCCAAUGUUGGACGUCAACGACAACAUAAUGUCGAUACCGAUCUCGGUGGACUGCGGCGACAGGGACGAAGAGGACGGCGAAUACUACGCCGGAACAGCGGCCACGUCGCCUUCCUCGUCCGCGCGGUCGCCGGGCUCUUGUUCGGCGGCGUCUUCGGGCACGGCGGGGUCUUCGGGCCAACAACAACAACAACAACAACAACACCAUCACCACCACAUACACCUGUGGCAAUUCCUCAAGGAGCUGUUGCAGCAGCACGACGACCACGGUCUACCCGCCGUCGCCGAAGACGGUGGCAAACCGACCGGCACCGCGACGAUCAUACGGUGGCUGGACCGGCCCAAGGGUGUGUUCAAGAUCGAAGACUCGGUGGCGGUGGCCAAGCUGUGGGGUCGCCGCAAGAACAGGCCCGCCAUGAACUACGACAAGCUGUCCCGGAGCAUACGGCAAUACUACAAGAAGGGCAUCAUGAAGAAGACGGAACGGUCGCAGAGGCUGGUCUACCAGUUCUGCCAUCCGUACAGCGGCGGUUCGCCGUCGACCGCGGCCGCCAGUCCCGGGGCGACCGCGGACGUUUAGACCGCGGUCCGCGCGCGGCCCCGUCGACCGGGACGGCCCGAGGGGCGAACGCCGGGUGGUUCGGUCAAUGGCGGAAGGUAAUUUUCGCGAACCGACCUCUCGACCAAAUCGAGUUGGCCACACUGUUGGACAACACCGCGGCCAAAUCGAGUUGGCCACACUGUUGUUGGACAACGCCGAGUGUUGCGUCUCCAGCGACGAUUCUGUGCGCCUUGGCCCACGAGUCGAUCAGUGUCUCGAUUGUUUUCCGUGUAAAUAUAGUAUCUUAAGCAAAACCGACGACGACCGGACGACGACUAGACGGGCGACGCGGGCAGGCGUCCCCUCGCCUCGGUUA